AAAGGAUGGUAAGUAUAAACAUUAUUAUAUUUGUUUUGAAUUAUUAAUUAUUGUUUAUUAGAUCAAAUUAUGGACCUGCAGGCUCAAUUAUUGCAACAGCACAAAAUAUUAGAUAACAGCAAAGCUAAGGAUGCUCAAAGUUUGAGUCUACAAGCUCAGCUAGGGGAAAAGAACAAAUUGGAACGGAACAGUUUCCAAACAGUGAAGGAGGUUUUUCCAAACUCAAACCUAACUGAACAUGAGGAUGAAUUGGCAUUAGGCGAACACAGUCAGUUAUUCAGUCUACCACCUGACAGUGUGUUAAAUUUAAAUUCUGUUAGUGCUGCACAAAAAGAAUCGUUAGUAAUAAGCCCAUGCAGUGAAGGAAGUGAACAAUUGUGGGACCGUAUUUGGGCCGAAAAUGGGUGUGGUACGGAAACCAAGAUAUGGCACAAGUUCAACGUGAAACAUGGAUUAGAAUUUAAUGGGGGAUCAAAUCAAGUCUGGAAGUGUUACAGGAUGGAAGAGUCAGCCUACAGAUGAAAAAACACAGAGUGCAUUACCAUUAAGUACAACAGCAAUCCUUUAUAGUUCUGUCACAGCUAGAAACCUCAAAUAAUUCUGCUUCUCUGUCUAAAGAACAACUUGUCCUUUACGUUCAGAGUGUUGGGGAAACUGGGUACUUAAAUGGCCCUAAAGAUGUUUUAAUUUUGCUGCCAUUGCAGAGAUGAACAUCAUACAUGGACUCUUUAGGUCUAAUCUACCAAAAAAAAUUUUAUCCAAUAGGAAAGGAUUUUCAUGUACUGGGAACACAACUAUCAACAAUGCAACAUUGUACAGGUGCUAGUUUAUCAUUCAAGAGCCUUAUACAAUGAUGUUAAUCUGCAAUUUGUAUGUCCUUCCCCAAGCUUCCACCAGAAGUUGAAUCUAUGAGUCAUGUAAGUUACAUGAUCAACAGUUGAUAUGUUUAACGGUGUUGUUUUUCUUUUCUCAAUAUAGGUUAAUAGUAACAUUGGAUCUGAAAAAAUUCUUGGUUGGGGCAAGACACUGAAUAAAUUGUAUUGAUUGGAUGGAUGACAUGACAUUUCUAUACUUAAUUCGGAUUCCCCAGACGGUAUUUGAUAUUUAAAAAAUUGAAGUGCAUAUCUGGGCUCCCUUCUUUUCUGAAGCCCCGUUUCCCCUUGACUCAUAAUAAGCCCGUAGGGGGUCAUGCCCCUACUGUACGGUAUAUAUAAAAACAACAUAUACCGAGGUUUGGAGGGCUCUGGCCGGAAAGGGGACGUGGGGUGCCGCUUCGUCCGAUGAUGUGUUCACGGAGGGUGACGUGGCUGCCCACAAAUCCGAACUAAAGGUUAAUCGCUCCUGUAAAAAUGUUCCAUUUCUUCGGCUCUUCUUCCGGCUUCUCUUAGCCAAUCACCGGGUAAUCUCCCCGGUGGGUCAACAAGGCAGUGUCUCCCCCUGCCUGGGUUGACGGCAACUUUUGAAAGGGCUAUUGUGCCUUUUUAAAGUUGCAAAAAUAAUUGU